GGCCCUGACUGUUUUUUUGAAACAAGGCUCUUUGUGCCACAGGAAAUGGUGUAGCUCGGGAGCAGCAGGGCAGGCUGAGAGCAGAUUUCCUGUCAGGGCCAUUGCUAAGAAAGAGCAGGAACCGUUAUCUUUAGAAUAGAAGAGCAACAACUACUGACCCCCACCCCCUUAUGCCUUCCUCCUGAAUCCUGACACACCAGACUCCACCACUAAUUGGUCAACCAGCAAGUACCACUACCACCAACAACAACCUUCAAACAAGACUCUGGCUGCAGCAACAGCAAAAAAUUAAAUACCAUCCCUUUGGCUCACUUCCUCGGUUACUGCAUUUCCUGAGGCGCAAGCCUGUAGACCAGUGAGAUGGUGCAGGGAGGAGGAGAGUAAGAGAAAACCAAAGAGAAGUUAGUGAAAAAAAGAACAAGAAAAGUUAACUCAUUCUACUGCUGCUACCUCUUUCUGCAACUCAGAAGCUUGACGAACAGACACAAAUCAUUCUGGAAUGUUCCUUUUAUUUCAGCACCCCAUGCACUACUUUAAGACUUUAACAACUACUAGAAGUGACUGCCAAAGUCUGUGAGCUUACCAGCAAAGAGCAGCUAAAGAGGGAGAAGAUCAUUAUUUUGUGGGACACAACGGCAAUGCUGGGAUAUUUCAUGCAGGCUAGUGACAGCUUGAUGGCUCUGUGCUAUACCUGUCAGGAUGUAAAGUCAAAUUUAUCUCUGCAUCUGAUGUGGAUUUGCUGAUAUUUUUCUCAUCUUUCUGAAGACCAAUGGUCAAGUUUUUGACGUUGCAAAUUUUUUGAACAGAAGUUCGUCUGGAGUUUACAGGGAUCCCUCAUGAAGAACAAGGCAGCAAAGCAGAAAUCUAAAAGGAAAGGGAUUGUGAGUGCUUUUGGGUGCGACCUGACCGAAUACUUACAGAGCUCCGGACAAGAUGUUCCCCAGGUCCUUAAGUGCUGUGCCGAGUUCAUUGAGGAGCAUGGCAUUGUGGAUGGCAUUUACAGGCUCUCAGGGAUCACCUCCAACAUCCAAAGACUCAGGCAGGAGUUUGGCUCAGAUCCCUGCCCGGACCUGACGAGGGAAGUGUAUCUGCAGGAUAUUCACUGUGUGGGGUCGCUAUGCAAGCUCUACUUCAGGGAGCUGCCAAACCCCCUCCUGACCUACGAACUCUACAAGAAAUUCACGGAUGCCGUGUCUGUCAAAGAAGAACAAGAACAGCUGGCCAGGAUUCAAAAUGUCAUCAAAGAACUUCCUGAGACUCACUACCGGUGA